CAAAUUAAUAAUUUUCGCUAUUUUAACAUUAUUAUUGUUUAUUUUCAGAUUUUUUGUCCCAUAUAAAUUAAUACCAAAAUAUAGGAAUUAUAUAGAUUUAUUAUAUUUCAUAUAUGCAAAAACUAAAGUUUAAAAUUAGUUGCCAGUUUAUUUAUUAUUUAACUAGUAAGAUAUAAAGUAAUUUAUUAAUUUUAUCAGAUCUUUUUGAAUAUAAAAUAAAUCCUAAUUAAGAAUUAUAUUGCNAGAAAAGAAAUGUAUUUUUGAUUGGAAGGGGGUAACAGAAUUAUUUUAAAAUCUUAUAAUCUUUACUAAAAUUGAACCAUAAGCAUUUCUAAUCGAAGAAACAAGAUAAUAAUUUGUCUAAAAUCUUAAUUAUGUUUUAGAAUAAUUGAAU